AAAAAAAAAGUAAAAUUUAUGAACGUUUCCUAUUCUAACCUAAAAAUUAUAAGUUCGAAAUGUCGUAAUGAGAAGUCCUAUUUCAUUAUAUUAUCUUGAGAAGCAAAACAAUGGCUAAGUACAUCGCUCAAAUAAUAGUGUUGGGUACUCAGGUAGUUGGACGUGCGUUCGCGAGAGCUCUAAAACAAGAGAUAGCUGCGUCACAAGAAGCUGCAAAGAGAGCUGGUGGAGGACCAGAGGGUUCGAGAAGAGCAGCAGCUAACGCUUCCACAGGUCUUACUUUAGAAGAAGCGAUGCAGAUUUUGAAUAUAGAAAAGUUAGAGCCUGAGAAAAUACAGAAAAACUACGAACACUUGUUCACUGUCAACGACAAGGCUAAAGGUGGUUCCUUCUAUUUACAAUCGAAAAUCGUCAGAGCCAAAGAGAGAAUAGAUGUAGAAAUGAAGUCAAAAGAACCGAAGCCUGAGCAACCUCAAGUUUAAGACACAGUGUGAGACAUUGUUUAUAUAGCGACUGUACAGCGUAAUUAUUUUGAAUAUUUAAUCCAGUUGUAGAUUAUAUUGUUUUAUAUAGAAAAUACGUAGUUUUUUUUUGUAAAAUACUCCAUUUAUUAAAUAGAAAAUGGAUACCACAAUAGUGACUAGAAUACAUCAGUCUUCAUAAUAUGUUGAUUAACAUUGUUACAAAAUUGAAAAUAUUAAGUUUACAUAAAGUCGAUUAUUAGCAAUAUUGCUGAAGCUUUAUAAAUAGAAAUAAAUAUUAUUUAAGCAAUA